AUGGCUGCCAAGAGCUCAUUCUCAGACCCCCAGUGGUGGAAGGAGGCGGUGGUGUACCAAAUCUAUCCUGCCAGUUUCCAAGACACCAAUGGCGAUGGUUGGGGCGACGUCAAGGGCAUCACCUCCCGCCUCGACUACCUCAAGUCCCUUGGCGUCGACGUAGUCUGGAGUUCGCCCAUCUUCAAGUCACCCCAAGCAGACAUGGGCUACGACAUUGCCGACUACAAAGAUAUCGACCCCGCCUACGGCACCCUCGCGGAUGUCGACGAGCUGAUCGCCGAGGCCGCCAAGCGCGACAUGAAGGUCAUGAUGGACCUGGUCGUCAACCACACCUCCAACAUGCACGCCUGGUUCCUCGAGUCGCGCUCCAGCAAGACCGACCCCAAACGUGACUGGUACAUCUGGAAGCCGCCCAAGUCCGUCUCGCCCACGGGCGAGCCCGAGCCACCCAACAACUGGGCUCAGAUCCUCGGCGAGGCCAACUCGGCCUGGACCUACGACGAGACCACCAAAGAAUACUACCUCAGCGUCUUCACACCCGAGCAACCGGAUCUCAACUGGGAGAACCCGGAGGUGCGGGCCGCCGUCUGGGACGUGAUGCACUUCUGGCUCGACCGCGGCGCCGCCGGCUUCCGCAUGGACGUCAUCAACAUGAUCAGCAAGGUGACCUCGUACCCGGACGCCCCCGUCGUGCUAGACCCGGCCUCGCACAAAUACCAGCCGGGCACCCAGUUCUUCACCAACGGGCCCAAACUGCACGACUACCUGCAGGAGAUGCACCGCGAGGUCCUCAGCAAACACGACACCAUCACCGUCGGCGAGAUGCCGGGCGUCAGCGACCCCGCCGAGAUCCUCCGCACCGUGGGCGCCCACGCGGGGGAGCUGCGCAUGAUCUUCAUCUUCGACCUGGUGGACAUCGACAAGCCGAACGUGCGCAUGGCGCUGAAACCCUGGGACGUCAAGGAGAUGAAGGGCAUCAUCAGCCGGUGGCAGCGCGCCAUGAUCGAGCGCGACGGCUGGAACAGCGUCUUCAUCGAGAACCACGACAACCCGCGCUCCGUCAGCCGCUACACCGACGACAGCGACACCUGGCGCGACAAGGGCGCCAAACUGCUGGCCCUGAUGCAGACCACCCUCGGCGGCACCCUCUUCGUCUACCAGGGCGAGGAGAUCGGCAUCCGCAACGCGCCUCUGGACUGGGACACCGCCGAGUACAAGGACAUCGAGACGGUCAACUACUGGAAGAAAUGCGAAGCCAUCUACGCCCACAACCCCGAAAAGCUCGCCGAGGGCCGCAAAAUCAUCCAGAUGAAGGCCCGCGACCACGCCCGCACCCCGAUGCAGUGGGACAGCACGCCCAACGCCGGUUUCGCCGCCGAGGGCGUCAAGCCGUGGAUGCGCCUCAUGGACGACUGGCCCACGGUGAACGCCGCGGCGCAGAUGCAGCACCGCAGCGGUAACGCCGCUGACGACGACGAGGAAUUGUCUGUCUGGCAGUUCUGGCAGCGCGGCCUCGCAGAUCGGAAAGAACACAAAGACGUCUUCGUCUACGGCGACUACGAGGAACUGAGUCCACAGGACGAGAACGUGUUUGCGUACGUGCGCACGAGCCACAACAGCACGGGCGGGGAGAAAUGGGUCGUGGUGCUGAAUUUCUCCGGGCAGGAGCAGAGCUACCAUGGCGUGCCGGGAGAACUGGAGUUUUGGGCCGCCGGCACGUAUACGAAGGGAAGGCCGGAGAAGGCGACGAAAGGGGGGAGUGUGACGCUGCGGCCUUGGGAGGGCGUGUUGGGGAAGCUGAAGGCGUGA